AGUGUGCCUGGAAAUAAGAGUGGAAGAGAGAGUGGGAAACAGAGCACAUGAUCCACUGGGGAGAGUGGGAGUAGAAAAGAGCUGAACAGAGAGGAUCAGAGUAUCCUGACUUUGUAGUGAGAGCUUAGUGGAGCGUGGAGAGCUGGAGCGUGACGUGGUAGGAUGAGGAGUUUCUUCCGAUGUGAUCGGUCUCCAGCACAUGCUCAGAGGCGCUUCCGCAUGCACACAUUGUGACAGCUCUUCUAACCAGCACUGAGCUUCUGUGGAGAGCACUAGGUCAUGUGUACCUACUGGAGAGGCAUUAUAUCCAUCUACAGUCUCUACAGCUGUCAGCUUCUGGGUUGAUAAGGACGGGAAUUACCAGGAAACAAUACUUCGUUUAAACAGGGGAAACCCCCUUAGUUCCUGCUGUGAGGACAUUUUUGGACAUCUGAGGCUCCCCCUCACUUCAGUAAGCCUGCCCAUUGUAUUUUACCAGCAGCAUGCAGGUCUCUUUUGUGUGUACGGACCACCGGGCUGUUAGCCGUAGUACUGAGGACCGGCUGAAUAGGCAGAAUGCUGGUAGCCCCAGUCUGGGCACCAAGAAUAAGUUUCGCACUGUGGCAAUGGUGGCACGCAGCCUGGGGCAGCUCUCUGUGCAGAACCUGCCUUCAUCCAGUGACCACUGUGUCCGGAAUGGCAUGAAGUAUAGAAACCUUGGAAAAUCUGGUUUACGGGUGUCAUGUCUAGGGCUGGGCACGUGGGUCACUUUUGGAGGUCAGAUCACAGAUGAGAUAGCAGAGCAGUUAAUGACUCUGGCAUAUGAAAAUGGGAUCAACCUGUUUGACACGGCUGAGGUGUAUGCUGCGGGCAAGGCCGAAGUGGUUCUUGGCAGUAUAAUAAAGAAAAAAGGAUGGAGACGCUCCAGUUUAGUUAUUACCACCAAGAUCUACUGGGGUGGAAAAGCAGAAACAGAAAGAGGAUUGUCAAGAAAGCAUAUAAUAGAGGGUCUGAAAGCGUCUUUGGAGAGAAUGCAGUUAGAAUAUGUUGAUGUAGUAUUUGCUAAUAGACCGGACCCCAACACACCGAUGGAAGAGACGGUGCGAGCCAUGACCCACGUGAUUAACCAAGGAAUGGCCAUGUACUGGGGCACGUCUCGCUGGAGCUCCAUGGAGAUCAUGGAAGCAUAUUCAGUGGCACGGCAGUUUAACCUCAUCCCCCCAAUCUGUGAGCAGGCUGAGUACCACAUGUUUCAGAGGGAGAAAGUAGAGGUUCAGCUACCUGAGCUCUUCCACAAGAUAGGUGUUGGUGCCAUGACCUGGUCCCCUCUGGCUUGUGGAAUAAUCUCAGGGAAGUAUGAUAGUGGUGUUCCUCCUUCCUCACGUGCCUCUCUGAAGGGCUACCAGUGGUUGAAGGACAAGAUCCUGAGUGAGGAAGGCCGGCGUCAGCAGGCGAAGCUGAAAGAGCUGCAGGCCAUCGCAGAGCGGCUCGGCUGCAUGCUGCCCCAGCUGGCCAUCGCAUGGUGUCUAAGGAACGAGGGGGUCAGCUCUGUGCUGCUAGGGGCAUCCAACACUGACCAGCUCAUGGAGAACAUAGGAGCCAUCCAGGUUCUAUCCAAGUUGUCAUCCUCAAUCAUUCAUGAGGUGGACAGUAUUCUAGGAAACAAGCCAUACAGUAAAAAGGACUACAGGUCCUAAAGGAAGCCUUUAUCCGCUUGCUGUCCUUUUGCUCCUAUAUCUGCUUGAGCUUUAACUGAAUGAGACUUUGGCUCAUGGGACUGCUCUUACACAGUGGCAGUUUGUGCUGGAGAUACCAACUCGUGCUCAGUAGAGUCUACAAAAAUGACUAGGAAGAUUUAAAUGUCUUCAGAACGGCAAAGGGAGGAUCAAAUCAUAGCCAAAAUCAACUGGACCAGCUGGACAUGCAGACCGCUCCUUUACCCCACAGAGGCGCCUCUGAUACAUGCACGUUCAUUGACUCUCUUGCUUUUUCCCUUUUAGGAAUCUUGUAGUAAACACACAGGAUUCCAGAGAAAGUCUGUAUGUAUGCUAUAACUGCAUGUGAUUCACAGACCUAUACACAUGCUUUGUGUCCGUUCUCUUAGAAAUUAUACCACUUAAAAAUGCUUUUGGAAAAUAGUUAGCAUAUUAUUUCUAAGAGCCUUGGUUGUGUAUUUCAGCCUCUGGAGAAUUACAUUUGCAUUAGUGAAGGUCAGUUCAGUAGAAACUUCAUGCCUCUCUGAAUGGAGGUGGAGGUUGAAUUCUUUUCUCUCGCAUAGACUAAAGUUUGACCUUAACAUCUGUAGUGACACUACAUCCUGUUCACAUCCAUUAGAGAUUCCUAAACAUCAGAUUGUGUGAGUAGAACAGUUUAUGAAUUUGACAAGUUAAAUUAAAGAUUUAAGAACAGCAUUUAACUAGCACAUUUUGUCUUUUCAUCAUUACCAGUAGCUUGUCUAAUCGUGGAAACAGCAAAAAGAUUGGUCAGUGACUGUGUUUUGUGUAGGAAUGAAGUGAACAUCUUAAACAUUACUUCAUGCACAUUUCUCAGAGUCACUGAAGGAACACCAAAGAAUUCAUGUUAUGUAUGUAUUCUCAUCUAUUUUACUCUUAUUCUUACACGCUGGAAACACAGACAGGGAUGCUUAUUUAGCAGGGGCAUAUAAUAUAACUAUUAUAUUAUAAUAUUAGCUGUAAUAUAUAGUAUAAAAUUAAGUAUAAUUAAUCUUAUAUCCAUUCAGUGUUUGAUUUGCCUUAAUGCUCAAAUUUUCUCAGAAAUGGUCAAUUUCUCUUUUUAAUUUCUCAUUAAACUUAUCCUGUUUCAUACAUCAACUGUAUAUUUAUAACAAACCUUUCUACUGUGUUUAUGGAGUGGGUUUUUUGGUUGUUGGGACUGGUGUUGUUUGUGCUUGUCUCUUCAUGAUGAAAGUUAAGGUAUUAAAAUAUUACAAAAUAGUUUUAAAGAGGUUCUAGUUGAUUUUCACUCCAGCUAGUGUUUACUUAUUGGAGUUGCCUUUUUUUCUGGAUGAGCAGGCAGUAGAAUGCUGUAUAUCUUGCGUUAUUUGUAGGGCCAGUGGCUCCCUCUGCUGACCGGGGAUGUUCUUUGACAAAGCCAUAAACCUACAGCUCCACCCAAACCAUGCAUGAAAACAGGCCCAUGUCCCACACAAUGACAUCUACUGAUUUAUUAUCAAUUUAUUGUCCUAUAAUGGCACUUUAUUAUACUAAUAUUAUUCUGUUUGCAUCGUAGGUCAUUAUGCACAUCUAGUAUGAAACUGCAAAGUGAAGUAGAGCUCAUAAAAGCAUCACUGUGAAGGAUCAGGCUUUAUUUUAUAUUUAAAUGCUUAUAGAUUACAAUAAAGCCCAGAUUACCUGGCUAAAAGCUAUACCAUUUCUCUCCUUCCUAAGUACAUUAAUUAAACCUUAAUCCAUUUUAAUAUCCCAAACUGUUAGUGAGUGAGCUUGUUUAAGCUUUUUAAGAUCUCUUUAGGCAACGUGACAAGCUGAAGAACAUUGAUUUUUCAGUUGUCUCUGUCUGCACCACAUGCUGAUAAUGGCUACUGUAAGGCAGUCAUAUGUGCUGAAGGCCUCAGAGGAAUCUGCAUCACGUUCGUCCGAUCUGGACAUCAGUGUUACUGUAAUUGGCUUUAAAGCUCAACACUUUAAUGGUCUGUGUAAGAGAAUUUUCAGUGUUUUUGCAUUGUCUUUAACAUUGGAGUAUUAGGCGUUGGAGCCAUGUGUGUGCUGCAAAAUCAUGAUGAUUGUUUAAGCUCUUGAUGCAUGUCCUUAAUAUCUAAAACUGCUUUUUAUUUAUUCUUUUUUUUUUAGCUCAACUUAAGUGCCAUUGACAUUACAUGCACCAAGUUGUCACUUCACUUUUUUUGUUUCAUUUUGGUUAAAUUAUAAGAUGAUUGGAUUCCUCAGUUUGAUCUCAAUGUACUGUACUGGUUUUAACAUAUGAUUUAUUUUGCCUGGGGAACCGAAAAUAUGUACAGCUUAGAACUAAUGAAAAUAAACCAUAUAAACAUCUGAACCAGUGACUGUUGUAGUUUUUUAAUCACAUAGUGUGAGUUAAAGGCACAGCAGGGACGGACAGACAGACGGACAGAUUACUGAAUACAACUUAAACCUUAGAAUGCUAUUUCUGAGCAUUUUUAAGUUCCUUUAUUAGAUGUAGAGAUUUCUAACACUGCAAUCAAUACAGGAUUUCAAUGCCUCGUCUUGUAUGGGGAGAUGGUAGCUUAGUGGUUAUGUGGUUGGACUACUGAUCCGAAGGUUGUGAGUUCAAAUCCCAGGUUCACCAAGCUGCUACUGCUGGGGCCCUGAGCAAGGCUGGAAAUGUAAAUGUGUGUUAAACAGUUGGGUUCAGAAGAGAUCCUUAAGAGAAGAAUCUCUCUCAUUUAGAAAAGACCUGAAUUCGGAUGAUUGGUUCUGAGGGUUAAAAGCAGUCAGUGUUUGUAAGAAUUUCUCUAGAUUGUUUUAUUUAGCAGACAACAGUCGUGUGGUUCACUUUUUAUGUAAGGCAUUUUCAGACUAUAGAUCCAAAGCACAAUUUACAAUGAUUGCAUUGAACAGAUGUGUAAAAAAAUACAUUCUUUGACAAAAUAUCAUUUUUCAAAUGUAAUCAAAAGAGUAUUAAAUCGGCGUGUAUAUACCUAUAUAGUUUUGGUAUAAAAAUUGCAAUGUCUAACUGAAUCUCACUGCCAUAUAUUUAUUUACAUUGCAGUGUCCUGUGUAAAUGAGAAAAUAAGAAUCAAAGAAAUCGAAUUGAAAUGUUCUGGUGAUAUCAAUGUAAAUACAAAUGAUAUUAAAAAACAUUUUCAUAAUUAUACAAAUACUGUAUAUAAACACAUUCAUACAUAUAAAGCUUUGUACUGAAGUUUCAGAUGGUUCAUGAGCCACUGUUUCCUGUUCAUCAUCUUCCCAGUGAGUCCUUAAUAAAGUUUCAUGUCUA